GAAGACGCUUCAUCACUCCAAGAUGAUGUUUACAUGUGUUCUGUUUUUCAUCAUUUAUUGUUUGGUUGGUGUCGAUGGUGCAAUAGAAAUGGAUAACCCAGCUUCCGUCACCGGCAGCUUGAGGAAAAAUGUCACAAUUCCUUGCAAUUUUAAGGUUACUCCAGAUCAACCAAUUAAUAGUGCAAAUGUCAUUUGGUGGAAGGACCAGGCUUACAGUGGCCCUCUCCUCUAUCGAUGUGGAAGGAACGCUGACUUGUCUGGGAACUGCACAGAAUCAAUUGGCCGCUAUUCUUUUGGGGGUAUUCUUACAGAACGAAACAUAGCACUGCGGAUAAGUAAUGUCAUACAUAGUGAUGUUGGAGUGUACUUCUGUCGCAUCGAACUGGAAGAAAAAGAGAACUGGUUUACAUCAAAUGGAAUUAUGCUGAAAGUGAAAGAGCCCAGGGAAUUGCAGCGUAUUUAUAUUCAGACCACUGUGACGGGGGAGCACUGGGUUACGUGUGAAGUUUCUGGAGAGCCUCUACCAACUGUAAAAUGGACCCAGCCAGAAAACAUCAAGACCUCCCAGUUAUUUUUCCAGACUGGCUUCCUGGCGUCAUAUUCUCUUCCUGUGUCCCCCAAUACCAACUACACCUGCCAGAUAGAUGGAGAGAAUGGGCCAGAAGCACAGUCAAUAUACAACAGUCACCAGGAAUCUACUCAUUCUACGUGUGUGUGUCAAGAUGACAUGUAUCUAGCCAUGCUUGGAGGGCUGGGGGCCGUACUGGGAAUUGUUCUUAUUGUCAACCUCUUUGUCUUGGCACACUGCUGCAGGAGAGCUGCUGCCACCAACAGCUCUGAAAACGCUGACAACAUCUACCAUAACUUUCCUCGUAUAACUGACUUAGAUGGAAUCUAUAUGAAUGCCCGCAAAACUACUCCCACUUCAAAAUAAUCUACUAAUGUUAGUAACCGCCUUGUGAGUGAAAGGUUUAUAGGCUGG